AUAAGUGCAGUUGCAUCCAUACACACACACACAUAUACAUAUAUAUACACCUGUAUAUAUAAAAGAUUGUGAAUUUUCAUCCCUGUGAAGUCUGCUUGUUCUUGGGAUUAUCAAGUCAAUUAACGCAUAAAGAGAAGAUGGGUUACUGGAAAUCAAAGGUUCUUCCAACGAUCAAGAAGAUGUUCGAGAAGAAACCUGGGAAGAAGGCUGCUGCUGCUGAGGCUAUCAAGGCCUUCGAUGACUCCAAGGAGGCGAUCAACAAGGAGAUUGAAGAGAAAAAGACAGAACUCCAACCCAAAGUCGUGGAAACCUACGAGGCCGCGUCUGCCGAUGUCAAGGGUUUGGUGAGGGAUCCCAAGGAGGAAGAUCUGAAGAAGCACUCUGAAGCUGUCCAAAAGUUCAUCGAUGAACUUGUCAAAAUCGAAUUCCCCGGAUCGAAGGCUGUGUCUGAAGCUUCGACCAACUUCGGUUUGAGCUACGUGACGGGUCCUGUCUCCUUCAUCUUCGAGAAGGUAUCGGAGUUCCUUCCGCCCGAAGAAAAGUCGAGAGAUAUUGCCGCCGAGGAUGUGAAAACAGAGGAAGAAACGAAAACGGAAGAACCCAAAACCGAAGAAACAAGCGGCGAGAAAGAGAAGGAGAUAGUGGAAGAGAAGAAGGAAGAGGCCAAACCGGCCGAGGAGGAGAAGAAACCGGCGGCGGAGGAGGAGAAGAAGCCGGCGGAGGAGGAGAAGAAACCGGCCGAGGAAGAGAAGAAACCGGCGGAGGAGAAGAAGGAAGAGGCAGCUCCGGCCAAGACGGAAGAAACUCCGGCCAAGGCUGAGGAAACUCCGGCGCCAGUGCCGCCGAAGGCAUGAGAUCGUAGUGGCCGGCGAUCCAACCAAAGCUCUGUGUACGUAAAAAAAAAAAAAAGAAGCAAACGAUAUAUCAUUCUUUCAGAUUUGGUUUUUGUUUCUUGUGUGGAUACACCUCUUCUGUUUGUCUUCAAAAAGGUUUUUUUUUUGUGGAUUUUUAUUUUUUUUAAUGUUCUUGUGAAUUUGUAACAAAUAUAUUCGAUGUCUCUUCUUUAUUUUGCA